AUGGAUGAUCUUUAUGAUGAGUUUGGUAACUACAUCGGCGACGCCGCAGAGUCGGACGAAGAGCUUCAGCACGAUGGAUCCAAGCCGCAGGCCUUCGACUAUGAUGAGGCUUUCGGUGCAGACGAGGAUGAAGAUACGGCUGAGCAGGAAUUGAUGGAAGUAGACGAAGGUCCUUCCAAUGCCGUUAUCCUACACGAAGAUAAACAAUACUACCCCAGCGCGCAACAGGUCUAUGGCACCGAUGUCGAGACCUUGGUACAAGAAGAGGACGCCCAGCCCCUCUCAGAACCUAUAAUUGCUCCCGUCACACAGAAGAAAUUCUCUAUCGAAGAGAGCGAGCUGCCACCGGUUUUCUAUUCGCGCGAGUUUAUGACAGAUUUGCUCAACUUCCCCGACCAAGUAAGGAAUGUAGCGCUUGUUGGACACUUGCACCAUGGAAAAACCGCGUUUAUGGAUAUGCUUGUUAUGCAGACACACGACUUUGCCGAACGGCUUGACAGGAAGACAGGGAGGAAAAGGGAGGAACAACUUCGAUAUACGGACGUGCACCACUUGGAGAGAGAGCGAGGCCUCUCUAUUAAAUCGGCGCCCAUGAGCUUGGUUCUACAGAACACAAAGGGUAAAUCGCACCUGUUCAACAUUAUCGAUACUCCGGGACAUGUGAAUUUUGUGGAUGAGGUUGCUGCCUCAUCUCGACUCGUCGACGGUGUCGUUCUCAUCGUCGAUGUUGUGGAAGGGGUGCAGGCAAAUACGGAGCAAAUCAUCAAGCACGCAGUCUUGGAGGAUCUGCCGUUGACAAUGGUGGUGAGCAAGAUGGAUAGGCUGAUUCUCGAACUCAAGAUACCGCCCAGCGAUGCCUAUUUCAAGCUGAAACAUGUGAUUGAAGAAGUCAACACUAUGAUUGAAAAUGUCCUGCCCGGGCAGGGCGAAAAGAAGCGAUUAAGUCCUGAGAAAGGCAAUGUCGCUUUUGCUUGCGCUUCAAUGAAAUGGUGCUUCACGCUGGAGUCAUUUGCCCAAAUGUACGCCCAGACCUAUCCCCAGAUAGAGACGUCGGAUUUUGCUCGACGUCUCUGGGGAGACAUUUUUUUCAACCCGAAAAGCCGAAAGUUCACACGCAAAGGAGUAGAGGAGAACUCCAAACGGACGUUUGUCAAGUUCGUUCUGGAGCCCAUUUACAAACUUUACUCGCACACUCUUAGUGAGAGCCCAGAGGAUUUGAAGGAGACGCUCGCUAGCGUUGGCAUCAGCCUGAAACCCUCACAGCUCAAGUCAGAUGCCAAAGUUCUGCUCGAUCUAGUAUGCGAACAGUUCUUUGGUCCUGCCACAGGAUUUGUAGACAUGGUUUUACAACAUAUUCCAUCUCCCGUGGACGGCGCAAAGAGGGCACUGGAGCGAUACUAUACAGGGCCGCUGGACACCAAGGUGGCUACUGCAAUGGCCAAAUGCGAUCCGGACGGUCCACUCGUUGUUCACGUUACAAAGCUUCUCUCAAGCACAGAUGCCUCGCGGUUUCACGCUCUAGGCAAAAUACUGAGCGGCACAGCCCGGCCAGGAUUGCCGGUUCGGGUUCUCGGCGAGGGAUACACCCCUGAUGAUGAGGAAGAUAUGGUGAAUGCCACCAUCUCGGAGACAUGGAUUCCCGAGACACGAUACAACAUCCCAACUAGUGGUGUCACGGCUGGAAAUUUAGUCCUCCUAGGAGGUGUGGAUAACUCUAUCGUCAAGACGGCAACCCUUGUGUCCACCAAGUUUGAAGACAAUGAGGAGGCACAUAUCUUCAGACCCAUCCGACACAUGACUGAAUCUGUGUUCAAGGUUGCCGUUGAGCCUGUCAAUCCAUCGGAACUCCCGAAAAUGCUCGAAGGUCUUCGGAAGGUCAAUAAGAGUUACCCUCUUAUCUCAACAAAGGUUGAGGAAUCAGGCGAACAUAUUGUCCUAGGAACAGGAGAGCUCUAUAUGGAUUGCGUGCUUCAUGAUCUCCGAAGACUCUUUUCAGAAAUGGAAAUCAAGGUCUCUGACCCUGUGACUCGAUUCUGCGAAACUGUGGUUGAGACGUCAGCCAUCAUGUGCUAUUCAAUCACCCCAAACAAACUGAACAAGAUCACAAUGAUUGCCGAGCCCUUGGACGAUGGGAUAGCUGAAGACAUUGAAAGCGGCCGAGUCAGUAUCAAAGAUCCGAUACGCAAGGUGGCCAAGUUCUUUGAGGAAAAGUACGAUUGGGAUAAACUUGCUGCGAGAAGUAUAUGGGCUUUUGGCCCGGACGAGAUGGGGCCAAACAUACUACAGGAUGAUACCCUACCUUCACAAGUCGACAAGAAACUUCUGGGGAGUGUCCGGGAUUCUAUAACACAAGGCUUCAGUUGGGGCACCCGAGAAGGUCCUCUGUGUGAAGAGCCUAUUCGAAACGCCAAAUUUAGGCUCACAGACGUCUCCCUAGCCGAUCAGGCAAUUUACCGAGGCGGGGGCCAAAUCAUUCCCACAGCUCGACGAGCCGUCUAUUCAUCAUUCUUGAUGGCGUCUCCGCGUCUGAUGGAACCGAUUUAUUCUUGCUCCAUGACAGGACCUGCAGACGCCGUUGCCUCCGUCUACACCGUUCUGUCACGAAGGAGAGGCCAUGUUCUCUCCGACGGACCAAUCGCGGGAACCCCGCUGUACUCAGUUCGCGGGUUAAUUCCGGUCAUAGACUCGUUUGGCUUUGAAACAGAUCUCCGGAUUCACACUCAGGGACAAGCGUCCGUCAGUCUUGUGUUUGACAAGUGGAGUGUCGUGCCCGGAGAUCCAUUAGAUCGCGAAGUGAAGCUGAAGCCGUUGGAGAUGGCGCCCGCAAUGGCGACAGCGCGCGACUUUGUGCUGAAGACAAGGCGGCGAAAGGGCCUGCCAGAGGAUGUAACCGUGAGCAAAUUCUUGGAACCGGAGCUCUGGAAAGGAUUGAAAGAGAGUGGCGUUCUAGAUUCGUGA